CAAAGUGAAAUGAUUUUGCUGAAAUUCUAAACAUCUAGAUAACAUAUAUAUUUUAUACAAUAUCCACUCCUUUUUAAAGCGCCAAAUCAUCUAGAUUCAAGAUCGGCGAGGUGCCGGCGCCGCAACAAGCAGAACAAGAAAUUUGUUUGCACGACGACGCAUAGUGGGCAAAACACGCGCAUUAGCUUAACGCGAAGUCUUCGAAAAGGGUUACUGGAAAACCAACCCAAAUAACAGCCUCAACAUGUCGGACCGCAAGGCUGUCAUCAAGAAUGCUGACAUGAGCGAGGAGAUGCAGCAAGAUGCUGUAGACUGUGCCACCCAGGCGCUGGAGAAGUAUAAUAUUGAAAAGGACAUUGCGGCCUAUGUCAAGAAGGAGUUUGAUAAAAAGUACAAUCCCACCUGGCAUUGCAUUGUGGGCCGCAAUUUCGGAUCGUAUGUGACCCACGAGACGCGCCACUUUAUUUACUUCUAUUUGGGACAGGUGGCUAUAUUGCUGUUCAAGAGCGGUUAGAUCCAUGCAUCGGAGCUGCAGUUGGAUACAAAAUUAACAACAAAACAUACACACAGCAGCAAUCCUUUUACAAAACAACACAUAUAUACUUAAAACACCAAUUCCCAUUCCCCCUGGAGCAAGAGCAAGCAAAGCUCUGAUUUGAAAUGGCAUUACGUUGAUAUCAUCAUCAUUCUCUUGCGUCUACACUCAAUACACUAAACUACAAACAAUUUCAAAGGAUAGCAGCUGUUUUGGUCAGCAAAAUGAAACCUCACACUCGACUUUAAACAUAUAUAUAUUUACUUAUAUACAUACAAAAAAAUGAAACGUACGCAACAAAUUGUUCGCACUAUAGCAGAACUAAAACAAUAAUAAUACGCACAUAUUUAGAUUAAAAUUGAAUCAAGUGGCAUAACUUAUACAAAAA